AAUAAUACUCAUGGCGGGGGUUCUGCUGUAACGAAGUUUCUCAAGUACGCUUCGUUUCGUUACUCUUUUUUUUUUUCUUCUUCUUCUUCUUCUUCUUCUUCUUUCUUUGUUCUUCUAGAGCUGUAGAAAUGGUGGGUCGGGGAAAAACACUAGGAUCUGGUGCGGCGAAGAAGUCGACAUCUCGUAGUAGCAAGGCUGGGCUACAAUUCCCUGUUGGUCGUAUCGCUCGGUUUUUGAAGGCCGGGAAGUACGCCGAGCGUGUUGGUGCCGGAGCUCCUGUCUAUCUCGCCGCCGUUCUUGAAUACCUCGCCGCCGAGGUACUUGAGCUCGCUGGGAACGCAGCGAGAGACAACAAGAAGACACGUAUAGUUCCACGACACAUUCAGCUUGCUGUGAGGAACGACGAGGAACUAAGCAAACUACUUGGAGAUGUGACUAUUGCCAACGGAGGAGUGAUGCCUAACAUCCACAAUCUCCUUCUCCCCAAGAAGUCUGGUCCUUCCAAGCCUACUGAGGAAGAUUAGGCGCUACUCCUCUUAUAAAAACAAAGACAUUGAUUCUCUCGAAAAUGGUUUAUAUAUCAGAUCAUGCUUAGGAGUUAGGACUGUCUUUUGCUCUUAUCUAAUUGCUUAUUUGUUGUUGUUGUUUUUACUCAGCAGCAGCAAUGAAAGCUGUGUGGUUUGUACUAGAUGUAAGGAUAACCUUGUUUCACUUUGUGUGAAUAUAUGAAAGAAAAUUGUUCUAUCUCA